CCGGAAGACGAAUUCCUCUCGCCCGAGGAUGACCCGCUGGCGCUGCGGGGAAUACCAGUGUUCCGCCCGACCAUGGAGGAGUUCAUGGACUUUGAGGGAUAUAUCAACAAAACGGCACCAUGGGGCAUGCGGUCCGGUAUCGCCAAGAUCAUCCCUCCCGCCGAAUGGACCGACAACCUCCCGCCCAUGUCGUCACGCACUCUCUCGCAGGUCCACAUCAAAUCCCCAAUCCAGCAAAACAUGAUGGGCACGGCCGGGAUUUUUCGCGCGCAAAACAUCGAAAAGAACAAGACUCGGCCAUUGUCCGUGAAGGAAUGGUUUGAGAAGUGUCAGGAUGACAAGUUCGUCGGACCAUCGCCGAAGAUCUACGAGCGGGAUUCGAGGGAGGCAGCACAAGCGCGAGAGGAGGCGGCAAGGGAGAAGAAGGAGAAGUGGGCGAGGAAGAAGGAGGAAAAGUUACGCCGAAAAGAGGAGAGGGCCAGGGCGGACGACGAGGCUGGGGCCGUGCCCAAGGAGGAUGCGGAUCUGGAGAUGGAAGAGAGCAAUGGGGAUGGAGGGGACGGUGUGCCUGCGCUGGACGCGCCGUCUUCUGGAUCGUCGCACUCGUCACCGGAACCGCCAAAGACACCCGAAGAGGACGCCCUCGAUGAGUGGUAUCAGACCACCGACUUCAAUAAGGCGUGGCUUCCGAAGAAUACGGUACCAGAGGACUAUACGCUCGAGGCGUGCGCCAAGCUGCAGGAGAAGUACUGGAAGACGAUGGGGAUGGGAGAGCCGAGCUGGUAUGGAGCGGAUCUGAUGCAGGGAUCACUCUUUGCCGAUAAAGAAACACCUUGGAAUGUUGCUCAUCUGCCCAACCUGCUGGAUCGGAUCAACUGCGUUGUGCCCGGUGUCAACGAGCCAUACCUGUACUUUGGGAUGUGGAGGGCGACCUUUGCAUGGCACGUCGAAGAUAUGGACCUCUUCUCGAUCAACUUCAUUCACUUCGGUGCACCUAAGUUCUGGUACGCCAUUCCCCAGAUGCAAGCGGAUCACUUUGAGCGCUUCCUAGCCAACGAAUUCCCCCUCGACUCUCGCGAAUGCGAUCAAUUCAUCCGACACAAAUCCAUGGCCAUCUCGCCCACACGCCUGAAGGACGCUCAGACCCGCGUCAACAUGCUCGUCCACAAACAAGGCGAAUUCGUCAUCACCUAUCCUCGCGGAUAUCACGCUGGCUUCAACCUCGGUUUCAACUGUGCCGAGUCGGUCAAUUUUGCGACGGACGAUUGGGUCGAUUAUGGGCGAAAGGCCAAGCAUUGCAAAUGCGUCAACUUCAGGUGA